UUUGAUACAUUAUAUUUAAAAAAUAUAUUUUGCUCGUUUUUACAAUAAAUCGAACUCUUCAUGAAAGUAAACUUAAUCUUUAUUAAAACGCUUUCAUAGAAAUCCAGACUUAUUAUUGUGGGUCCUGCAACACCAUAUGUGUGAUUAAAAGAUUAGAAAACAUGGAAUACUUUGACGUCGGUUUGUUAUUGAAAAUAUGUUUAAUUAGUAUAGUAACCGUGAAUUGUAAUGCAGCUGCACCUAAAGAACCUUAUCAAAGUCAAAUACCUACACAAGGAUUAUACAAUGCCAGUGAUAAUGUAGUUAUCUUAAAUGUGACUAAUUUUAAGUCAUCUGUUUAUGAAGACACUAAAGGAUGGUUAGUCGAAUUUUACAAUAGUUGGUGCGGCUUUUGUUUUCGAUUUGCACCUCUGUGGAAAGCUUUUGCUAAAGAUGUUUACGGAUGGAAAGAUAUAGUAGCAAUCGCUGCAAUAGAUUGUGCGGAUGAUGAUAACAAUCCAAUCUGUCGUGAAUAUGAAAUUAUGCAUUAUCCAAUGCUUAAAUAUUUUUCUGUAAAUGCACAUACAUCAUCAAUGGGAUUAGCAAUGGAAGAGUAUGAUAGUAUCAAUGAGCUUAGAUAUAGUUUAAUUAAUUUAUUAGAAAAUGAACAACAAGAAGGUCGUGGUGUUUCAUGGCCUAAUAUAACACCAUACAGGAAUUACGAUACUACAAGUAUUUGGAAAGGUGUACCAAAUACUGUAAAGUAUUUUUUUUUAUUGUUUGAAAAAACGGACUCGCACUUAGGAGCUGAAGUUAUAUUAGACAUGCACAAAAUUCCAACAUUACAAAUAAGGAGAGUAACAUCUGAAAAUGAAUUAUUAUGCGAGACAAAUAAGAUUACUAAUUUUCCAAGUCUUAUAGUUUUUACUCGUAAUGACACACAAAAAUCUCUUAAAAUCAGAAUACCUACUAGAGAAGGCACUUAUGGCACUAUUAUGCAAUACAUGAUUUCGAAAGGUGAAAAUAUUAAUGAACAAAGUUUUACAAAGAAUCGUUCUAUAGAAACAAGUCACAAAUCAAGUACCCAGACUUCAAAGCAACUGCAGGGAACAGAAAAAUCAAAAGAUAUAGAAAUAAAUGAUGAUUACUUAUAUCAAUUGGAUUUAGAGAAUACUUUGAAAUAUUCCAUCAGUCAUGAAAUUCCGCUACAUAAAGUAAUAAAUGGAGAAAAGAUGGAUGCGCUAAAAAACUAUUUAGAUGUGUUAGCUGAUUAUUUUCCUCUAAGACAUGGAAAUAUCUUCUUAGAAACUAUUCGUGAUAUUAUUAAAAAGAGGAAUGAUAUAUCAGGAGAAAAAUAUAGUCAAAUAAUUAAAUCUACAGAAGAAGAAAUGUUGCCCAUAUAUUCUGGACCUCCACAGUGGAUUGGAUGUAAAGGAAGCAAAGAAGGAUACCGUGGUUAUUCUUGUGGUCUUUGGACAAUGUUUCAUAUGUUAACAGUUAAUUUUGCCAUUGAACACAAAGAUUCUAAACACGAGCCACGAAAGAUAUUGGAAACUAUGCAUGGGUAUAUAAAACAUUUCUUUGGAUGUGCUGAUUGUUCUGAGCAUUUUGUAAAAAUGGCUGCAAAAAAUAAAAUAUUUGAGGUGUCGAAUGUUAAUGAUAGUAUUCUAUGGUUAUGGUCAGCUCACAACGAAGUAAAUGCAAGAUUGUCGGGCGAUAGUACAGAAGAUCCGAAAUAUAAGAAGAUUCAGUAUCCUGCAGCAGAACAUUGUGCAAAUUGUAAAUAUGAAAAUGGUACUUGGAAUGAGGAAAAUAUUUUACAUUAUCUUAAGACAAAAUAUAGUUACAAAGGAAUAAAUUAUUAUGGUUCAAUUGACAAACGUAAAGAUAAUAAUGAGAAAAUGAAAAUAAGACAAGAGAGACUAGUAUUGAAUAAAUAUGUGAACAGCAAAAAGCUUGGUUGGGAUUUUACAAUUUUUGAUAUAAGUAUUUGCGUUGUUUUAUAUGCUACAUCUACUGUCAUACUUAUAUUAGUCUGUGUAAAAUUUGCUGUUAAAAGAACUUACAAAAAGAAAACUUAUGUCAACUUGCUUGGUAGAGUAUGACUUUUAUUUUUCAUCAUUAAAAUUUGUAAAAUUAAAAAAUAAGUGAGAAAGCGAAUAGAAAAAUGAUUGAAAUGUAGUUAUGUUUAUAUAUUGUACAUAUUUUAUUAUUUUUGUCAUAUUGUUUUUCAUAAGAAUGUAAUGUUUAACAGUGCAAUGUUUUGAUUGUGUUUCCACAUACUGUUGACUAAA